ACGCACAGCUGUUUCUCAUUUGUUAUGAAAUUUUGUUCAUUGUAUUUGAUACAUUAAAAGCAUUUAAAAUGUUGCGAUUAUUGAGAAAGGGAAGUGGUAUAAAACCAAUUCAUCCGACUUCUGUUUCUGCGGCUCGGUGUUUCGCACAAAAAUUGCCAAUUGAAGAUAAAGCCGGAGAACAGCAAAAUACAAACGAUCCUAUAAAAUUCUUUGGAAGCCAGGCGGCUACUUGGCGUGCGCGCGACACUCGCAGUGGGGGCAGCGAUGAGGCGCUGUGGUACCAGCCCUACGUAAUCUCCUUCAGCCUGGGCAUCUUUCUGCUCUAUUUUUGCGUUUUGCGCGAGGAGAGCGACGUUGAUCAGCGACUAGAGGGAGAUUUGUACGACCACGUGAGUGGAUUAGAAGAGGUGCAGCUAACGGUCAACUACAAAUACAAUAAAGAGCACGGCUUGGACACCAAAGAGCAGGAAAAGCGUCUUAUAGAACUGGGCGUUGAUUUGAGCCAACUGAAUGCUAAAAUGGCUGCACAAUAAUUUAAUCAAAUACAUAGAUGCCUGAUAUUCAGUUUUGCAAUGUCGAGGAAAUCAUGAAAGGGGAAUUUAAAGAAAAUCGAAUGUCUUUAAGCAUUCUAACAGAUCGAAAGCACGUUCAUGGAACAGAACAAACCUUUACAAUAGAGGAUUAGAGGGUUAUUUAUUAUACAUAGUUAAGAGGUUAUAUUUUGAUAUAUCUAGUAGGCAAGUAAUUAAAAAAUUGCAUAGCUAAUUUAUAAAUCGACUAAAGCGGAGACACUUGUGUAAAAGUAGUAGU